AUGGAAGAUUAAGUUAAGAGAUUAUAAAGUCUUGUUGAACAUUUUUAUAGAAAGAGUAAAAUAAACCAUUUUAAACUUGAUUCUGAAUGCUAUGAAGUAUUUUCAGAAUGUAUAAUUAUUGUACAAAAGGAAAUUAGUAUUGAGUUUGGCAAUGUCAUGGAUAAAUUAUUUAAUCUCAUUAGAGAAAUGUUGGAAACAGCAUAAUCUCAAAUUAAACCACAUCCUGAACCUAAAUAAAUUUUAUUGACUCCUUAAAUUCCUGAUUUUAUUAAUGCACUCUAAUUAGGAAGUGUUUCCAUUUUCGACUAAUUAGGUACACCAUAAUAAAUUAAAACAUAUCAACAAAUUCCUUGGAGUGAUUAUAAAUGUAGAGGCUAAGGAACUAAAAAUUUAAGAACUUAUUAAGAUGUAGGUACUAGCACUAUUAUCGAUUAUUAUUAAAAUUGUUAGAAAGCAUCAAGUGAUCUGUUGAGAAGAGAAGAAGAAAUGAGAGAAUGGUUAGAGUUUACUAAUGAUACAAUAUCUAUGUUAAGUGAAGCAUUGGCUAAUAAAAAAUAAUUAGAUAUUGAAUUUUAGGGUAAGCCAGAAGAAUUAGAUUUAGUAAUAUCAGAUAUUCAAUUUAAAAGGCUUAAUUUAGAAUAGUUAUUAAAGUCAGUGAAUUUAGAAAAUUAAGGUGUUCAGAAUUAUGAUCAUACUGUUUAAUUUCUAUUAUAACAUAUUCAUCAUAUAUAAUAGUAGACAGCCAUCGCUAUAAUUCAUCGAUAUAAAUAAAAACAUUAAGAAAAAGAAAAGUAAUAAUAAAUGAUUAAUGAAAUGAAGGGUAAAUUAAAGAAAAAAACAAAUAAUAAUAAAGAAGAUUGUCGUUGUUCGUAAUAUGUGAAUGAAAUUAUGGUAUUAAAAAAUAAAUUAGAAUAAGCAUAAAAUGAAAUUUAGAAAAAAGAUAACUAAUUAUUAGAACUCUAAGUAAUUAAUGAUUAGAAAGAUAUGUAAUGUAAAAUAAUGUAGAGUUAACUCUAAUAACUUGAAAGUGAAAAAUCUGAAUUCAAAUAAAAAUUAGAUAAUAUUGUUAGAGAAUAUUCAAAAUUAGUUAAAAAGAAUAGUGAUAGAGAUAGAGGAUAAGUUUCAUCUAGUAGUAAUGAUGAAAUCUUAAUAAAUACAGUAUAAGGGAAUCCUAGAACUACUAGUAGAGAAUAAUCUUAGUAAAAAUAAUAAAUAUUUUUAACACCAAAAGAUACCUACAAUAUAUAAAAGAAGACUUAAUAAAUGGAAAGACUAGUUAAAUUAGUUAAUGUUUUAGAUGGAAACAAUUAAACAAGAAGAUUAACAUAGAUGCAAUUUAUAUUAGAAUAGAAGGCUAGUUCUUAAAUUCAUGAAUUGGCUGAUUUAAUAAGGGAUAUUGAAGAAAAUGAUUUAUUAUAAAAUGACAAUAUAGACAACAGUUAAAUUUCAAACAAUAUAGAUCCACCAUCAUCAAUGAGAAACUUAGAAAAUAAAUUUAAAUAAAAUAAUCUUAGUAAAAAUUUACUUUAAAAUUCAUUUGAAAUUGAAACUAAUAAUGAUAAACCUGCAAUUAAAGUUAGUAUACCAACAGAAUAAUAAUCAUAUUAAUAAUAAAUAACAAGUAGUAGAAAUAUGUCAUCUGCUAGUAGCAAUUAAAAAAAGAUAGAUUCAUUUGGAUAAUUAACAAAUAAAAUGGAUGUUCUUAAGAUUGGAAAUACAUCCACUUUAAAUUAAUUAUCACCACAUUAUCCAUUAUCAAAAGCAAAAUCAUCUCAAAAUAUUAAUAUGAACAGAUAGAAUUCUAUAAAAUAAGAAAAAAAAUAAUUACAUAUAAAAUAGAGUGAUUCUAAAAAAGAUUUAAAGGAUUAAUAAGUAUAGACAGAUUUAAUAAUGAUAUCAGAUUAGAUAGAAAAAUAAUAUAAUCCAUAAUAAGAAAAUGAAUAAAUAGAUAAUUAGAAAUAAUAAUAAGGAUCUUUUAGUAAGAUGAAUUCAUAACAUUAAUUGACUACAAGUAGUACUUGCAAUUUCAAUUCUGCUGGAACCAUGGGAUUAGGUAAUCUUAUAUCCCCUAUUCAAUCAACUACUAAUUCCAAUCUACCUUCUCCUCGAAAUCAAUAAUCAUCUCAUUAAACAAAUGUAUUCCCUUCUCCAUCAUCUUCAAUACACAAAAGUAAAAUACAAAGUCUGAAACUUGAAUAGGAAUAAUUUUCAACAUAACUUUACAAUAGUUAAUUGAAAGAUCAAAAGAAUUUAACAAAGAGAAAAUCUUUGAAAUAAAAAAUAUAUGAAUAAUAAGAGGAAAAACAUUGGAAUUAGUAACAUAGAAGAAUGUACACUACAGCAGGUACACAAUCAUAAAAUACUUCACCUCGUGAGUAUUAUACUCCUAGGAAUAAAACAAAAGAUGAUCUUGUUUUAAAUAAAUUGUAAUAGGAUUAUGAUGAUAAAUAACAAGAGGAGAAAAUAUUUUAUGAUCAAAUUUCAAAUGAGAUACCUGAAUAGAAUGAAUAAGAUAUUAUUUAAAAGGCAAUUAACAGAACUCCAGGAUACGAAUUAGCUUAAGAAAUAAAUGAUAAAAUUUUAGAGUCUAUGUUUGGAAACUUAAAUAAGACUCCAGAUAUAGUUGAGAUGAUUAUCAAAUUAAGUAAGAAUGGUUAAUUGAAUUUUAAUGAAUUCAAAAGAUUUAUUAAUAGGAUGCAAGCAUUCCAUAAAAGAUGUGGUAGAGAUUGUAAUCAUUUAAUGAGGUAUUUGAUUUGUUUUUAUUAGUUUUUUAGAUUUUAUUUGAGAUUAGGUUUCGUAUCGAUGAAGUACCUAAAUAAGAGAAGAAUGUUAAAAUUGGGCAAGCCGACGGUUCUUCCUGGUUUCAAAUGA